CAUCGAACGGUCGGAAUAUUUUGAAAACUUUUUUUCUUGAAGGAUUAUUGAGUGCGGUAGAAAUUCAUGAGAUUUCGUUAGUCACUGCUGAAGUGAAUGAAUUUAAAAAAAAUGACAGCGGAAAUACAAGAAAUCAAGGCGAACGGGAAAAAUCAGGAAUUCAAUAUGAAUUCGGAGAUACAAAACUUUUAUCGAGAUAAAAGUGUUUUUCUAACGGGCGGUUCGGGAUUUUUGGGAAAAGUAUAUAUCGAAAAGAUAUUGCGCGCUACAGAAGUAAAAUGUGUUUAUAUAUUAAUUCGUCCCAAAAAGGAGCAAACAGUAGAGGACCGCAUAGAUGCUAUGUUCAGCAAUCCCCUUUUUGCAGAGUUGAAUCGCAGAAAACCAUCGGCAAGAACACGCAUAAUACCGAUUAUUGGUGAUUGUAUUCUUCCAAACCUGGGUAUCUCACCGACAGAUCGACAAACCCUAAUUGACAAAGUUGAAAUUGUUAUACACAGCGCUGCCACUGUACGUUUCAAUGAGCCACUCUUCACUGCAUUAGCCAUAAAUGUGCGUGCCACUAUGGACCUAUUACAAUUAGCAAAAAAAAUCUCCAAAUUACAAGCUUUUGUUCACGUUUCUUCCGCCUUUGCGAAUUGCACACUAUUCCGGCUGGAGGAAGUUUACUAUACAAGUGAGCUCAGCAUAACCGCCGAAAAUAUAUGCAAACUGGCGGAGUUAUUAGGUCCGGAGAAAACUAAUCGUAUGACCGCUGAGUGGUGCGGCAAAUCUCCCAAUACAUAUACUUUUACCAAAGCUCUAGCCGAAGAGGCCGUACUCUCGCUCGGGAAGGAGUUGCCGAUAUGCGUCUUUCGACCUGGCAUAGUUAUACCAACCAAUACCGAACCGCUAGCUGGUUGGGUGGAUAAUCUGUAUGGUCCGAUGAGCGUUUUGUUCGGCGUCGCUCGUGGUAUACUUCGCGUUAUCUAUGUCCAUCUGGAUGCAAACGCGAAUUUCGUGCCCGUAGAUAUGUGCGCUAAUUUAAUGUUGGCCACAGCGUGGAACACUUCGAAGACUGCGAAUCAAGUACCCGUUAAACCGCCACCAAUUUAUAAUUUUGUGCCUGAUGAACGCAACAUGUUGAAAUGGGAUACAUAUCGACGUACUCUGGAAGAACAUGCACCCAACAUGCCACUCACACAAAUGAUCUGGUAUCCAUUUGCAAUCGUCGUUAAAUCGAAAUUAUUAUAUAAUAUUUUGAUUUUAUUCUACCACAUAAUACCCGGCUAUAUCUUUGAUUUCUUACUCUUACUGAUGGGAAGGAAAAGAAGAAUGGUAAAACUUUAUCGUAAAAUUCACAAACAAACCGGCGUGCUGGAUUACUUUGUUGAACAUAAAUUCACUUUUACCAUGGAAAAUACAACAAAAUUAUGGCAUUCACUCUCUAGUCUCGAUCAAAAUUUAUUUAAUUUCGAUAUGUCCUCAAUAAAUUGGUCUGAGUACUUCUACAAUUCUUUACUGGGUUUACGCCGCUACAUAGGUCAGGAACAACCGGAGACUAUACCAAAAGCUAAAAAGCUGUUUCUCAGACUCCUUAUUUUGCAUCGCAUAGUUCAGCUGCUGGUCUAUGGCGGCGUUUGCGGUUUGUUAUCAUGGACAAUCCUGCGAGUUUUUCAAGCGCCCCUUUUGCAUCGGUCGAACAAAAUGUUGUCGGACAUACAAAACUUUUACCGGAAUAAAACCGUUUUUGUGACAGGAGGCACUGGCUUUAUGGGAAUAGUUCUCGUCGAAAAAUUGCUGCGUAUUACCGAAGUUAAAAGAAUUUACUUGAUGUUGCGGCCCAAAGCUAAUAAAAGUGUGGAAGAACGUUUGACCCAUUUAUUUGAGAGUACACUCUUCGAUAAAAUACGAAAGAGUGGUGCCACGCCAACCGACCGCAUUAGACCAAUUUUGGGCGACUGCGGUUUCGCCAAUCUCGAUAUUUCACCGGAAGAUCGUAAAGUAUUGAUUGAUGAAGUAAAUAUUGUGGUGCACCUGGCGGCCACUGUGCGCUUCGAUGAACCACUCACCAGAGCGGUAAAUUUAAAUGUGCGCGCCACGCUAGACUUAAUACAGCUGGCCAAGGAAAUGAAACAACUAGAGGCCUUCUUGUAUGUCUCGUCCGCAUUUGCCAAUUGUGUGGUGAAUUGCAUCGAAGAGAAAUAUUAUAAUGCCAAAAUAGGUAUCAGCGCCGUGAAGAUGUGUGAAGUGGCCAACUCUUUAGGCGUGGAUACUACAAAUAAACUAGCCAACGUACUCUGCAAGGAGUUUCCAAACACAUACACAUUCACUAAAUCACUAGCUGAGGAAGCAGUUUUGAGUGAGGGCCGUUCACUUCCCAUUAGUAUCUUUCGACCGGCCAUCGUUAUUCAAACAAGUAAAGAGCCAAUAUCCGGAUGGAUCGGCAAUUACUAUGGACCUUCAGCGGCGUUGUAUGCUGCCGGGCGUGGUGUACUACGAGUGAUGUACAUGAAAUCGCACCAUCGGGCACAUCUGGUGCCGGCGGAUUUCUGUGCCAACUUAAUGCUAGCCAUCGGUUGGGAGACGGCUAAGUCGACACCGGAGCAACGUUUACAAAUGGCGCCACCAAUUUACAACUACACCAGUGAAGAUGACAACGCACUGAUUUGGAAAAAAUAUAUAGAAACCAUUUCCGAGUAUGGAUAUGAGGUCGCUAUUAGUAAAAUGAUUUGGUAUCCAUUUAUGAUAGCCGCCGGUCAGAAAUGGUUGUAUUAUCUGCUCACCUUCUUCUAUCAUACAAUACCCGGCUACAUAAUUGAUACCCUUUUGGUGCUAAAGGGAAAGAAGAAAAGAAUGACAAAACUUUACAACAUUAUGAAGAGGCAAACAAAAGUAUUUGAUUUCUUCCUGAGCAAUGAAUUUACAUUUACAAUGGAUAAUACAAAGGCAUUGUGGAGCUCCUUAUCAGAAGAAGAUAAACAGAUUUUCAAUUUUGAUCUUAACUCGAUUUAUUGGAAGGAAUACCUACAGAAUUCAUUAAAGGGUUUGCGUCUCUAUUUGGGUAGAGAAGGACCGGAAACUUUGCCGAAGGCUCAGAAACUGCAUAGAAGGUUCUUCAUCUUGAAUUGGAUAACGCAUGCGCUGCUCUUUGGCUUUUUACUUUAUUUGUUAUGGGUUUUAGCUACGAUAAUUUUACCGUAAGUUUUAUCGACAAAAAAAUGUAUUUAGAAAACCUCAUAAUAUGUAACUCUAACUAUACUUCUAAUACAAUUAAUAUAAUAAAAGUUUCUCACAACGGUAA